AUGCAACAACAGCGUGCGAAGGGGACACCCAUAUCUGGACCUCUAUUGCAAGAAAAGGCUCUGAUGUUCGCUAAGGAACUCUAUCCUGACUCGCAUCAUAAAUUUAAGGCAAGCAAUGGAUGGCUUACACGAUUUAAAGGAAGGCAUGCAAGCAGAUCGGUAACCUUGCAGGGUGAGAGCCUUUCAGCAAACACCGACGCAGUCGCUUCAUUUAAGACAAAACUACAGAAGAUAAUAGCGGAGGAGGGACUUACGAGAGACCAGCUAUUUAAUGCUGACGAGACAGGGCUCUGGUGGUACUUGAUGCCCAAUCGAACAUUGGUGCUCCAUGGGGAAACGACAGCAAAGAAUUUUAAGAUGGCGAAGGACAGAGUAACUGUCCUUGGAUGUGCAAACGCAAUUGGAACUUGCAAGAUUCCUCUUGCUUUCAUUCACAAAUCAGCAAAGCCCCGUUGCUUUAAACAUGACAACAUGGAAGAUUUGCCCGUCCAUUACUACAGUCAACAUAAUGCAUGGAUGGACGCCUUUGUGUUCAAGAAAUGGUUUAAUGAUAAGUUUGUUCCUUUUGUUAGACGAUUUUGUCGGAGAAGAACAUUCCAUACAAAAUCGUAUUGCUUCUUGAUAAUGCGCCAGCACAUCCACAAGAAGCAGAGCCCCCAAAUACAACGAGCCUAA